AACGACAACGAGAUUCGGGAUUAUCUACACAGAAUGAUAUACGAUAAAACAUUCGCUGUUCAAUGUACGUACGCGAAUUUCACCAAAAAGCAUUUAAACUUUGUGCACACGUUAGUAGAUAACAAUUUAUUGUACCAAGAAUCAUUUCAAGAAAUUAUCCAAAUUAAUUCUUUAUAUUUAAAGACGAUGGAAAAUUCAAUGAAAUCUAUCAUGAGCAUUGGCUUCCACCCGCCAAAAUGGGUAUGGCCGAUUCACAAUUUUUUAAGUAGUAAAUAUCGUAUACCGAGUAACCAAUUCCAUAGGAAUCUAUUCAAUGCUUUGGAUGUUAUAACACAAGUUACGUCCUUAUGCAAUCUUAAAGGAAUAUACCAUGAUACACCCGUUCUUUCUGAAUUCUUGACGAAAGAACUAACACAAAAGCGGAUGUCCGUGGAUUGGAGAAAUUUAAAUACGGAAAACGAUUAUUAUUUAUUGUUAAUUCAUCGUUGCAAAAAUGUUGGUAGUAUCGAGUUGGUCCAACCAUUUGACGAAUCGGAAUCAAAACAGUUUACAUGGUUGGAGCAGACGGACAAGACAACCGUUAAUGUGUUUCCGCAUUACUUAUACAAACACCUCAGGGAAAUCUCGAUCGGUAUCAGACAGAAUAUACUAUUGAGUCAAAAUCUACUAAAACUAAAUAGUUAUGUAUUGUCGUACAAAGAUAUGAACGAACACGAUUUGCAUUUAGGACCUAAAAUCAUAAAAAAACCUAUAUCCAAUCCUAAUCAGCUCGAUACAAAAAAUCCGGAAUACUCAUUUUACGUUUCGGAAAUGACUAUAAUGCACAAACGCGUCAAUCGGGGUUUCAAACUGAAGAACAUUACUAUUUGGAAUCAGAAGAAAUAUGAUGAGGUAAUUCCAAAAACUUCAAAUUACGAUCAAACAUAUUUAAGGAUGUUGUAUGGAGAACUUAAUACGAAUGUAAACGAAAUAAUGAACACAUUGAGUUGCACGUACGUCUAUUACACAAACAUAUUUGUAACUGAAAUGAUUAAAAUUUACAACAUAAUGCUCGUGAUGCCGGACGAACGCAUGGAAAAUCAAAAUCUGAACAAAGAAUUGAUAUUCAAGUACAUCGAUAUAUCACUAAUGAUGUUGGCCACAAUUUAUAACGAAGAGUAUCAACCUCCUGAAUGGAUGAUCUAUCUGGUUCUUUAUUUUGAUAUAAUACAAAGCAUAUACGAUAACGUGGAGUUGUUCCAGUCCGAAACUAAGAAAANUUACAAAACGCCUGCGAUGAAUGUGACUUAAAUAGUGAGAACCAGCCUGCAAUUACCGUGCCACUUGAAGAUAUAGAAAAUGAAUACAAUCCCGAAGAUGUCAAAUUGUAUAUGCGUUGGCAACGCGAAUUGAUCUUGAUACAAUUUGCCCACUCUACACGUGGAAAAUAUGUGCAAGAAAUUUAUACGUGUUUAAUUCAUAUAGCUUAUAUAUUAGAAAUUAAUGCGGAAUUAUUGCCGUAUUCAAACUUCAACGAUUUCAUUCCGUCUAAAUGGUUGUUUGGCCGUAUCCAAUUGGAUAAAAACACACUCGACAAAUUCCGAUGGGAUAAAAUUCAAGUCGACAAAAAUGGCGAUGAACACUGGAAAAUGUUUUCGGAAAAAUUGUUGGCCGAAAUAGAUUUAAAAAAUGUCACAAGUGAAAUUGACAUAAACGCUAGAUUAAAUAACUCGUUUUUUAUUUACAGUCGAUUACUC